AUUACUUCCGAGUAAAAAACGCCCAGGCGGAGCAGCUCGGCCACCUCUCAUGGGGGCGCCCAGGAGAGAGCGCCCGCUCUGCGCGCACUUGUGCAAGGAGAGGAGGCUCGGGACGCAGAGCCCUCCUCGGGGCAGCUCCAGCGAGGCCAGACAGGCCGGCAGCUCCGGCGGCGCGCUCAGCUUCUGUCUCUCUCUCGGGGCGGAGACCAGGCGGGGUUUCGGCUUCUCAUCGGCCGCCAAGCACCGCCCCUUACCUCGGCGCGCCGCAGCUGGCUGGGCCAUGGUGGAGCAGGCAGACGACGCUCCGCUUCUCUUCUGGGCCGAGGGCCCGGCAGUCUCCGUGCCGGAGCCGGUCGAGGCGAGCGGCUGGGGAAACUCCUGCUCCUCCUCGGCAUGGGGUGGCCCCGGAGAGCUGGUGGCUGGCCCCGGCGGGUGCCUCCCGGAGCAGGAACCGGAGCAGGUGGAGGAGGAUCAGAUCCUGGCGGUGUUUGUGGUCACCUUCGACCCCCGCUCGGGUAACAUGGUUGAAUGGUGUUUGCCGGAAGACAUUGAUCUGGAAGGUGUUGAGUUCAAAUCUAUGGCCAGCGGAUCCCAUAGAAUUCAGUCAGAUUUCAUCUACUUCCGGAAAGGGCUUUGUUUCGGCCUAGCCUGCUUCGCCAACAUGCCUGUCGAGAGCGAGAUAGAACGUGGUGCCCGCAUGAAGUCUGUGGGGAUUCUUUCUCCUUCCUACACUCUCUUAUAUCGAUAUAUGCAUUUCCUUGAGAACCAGGUCAGACACCAGCUAGAGAUGCCAGGGCAUUACUCUCACCUAGAAGCUUUUUAUGACGACAAGAAAGGGGUUCUCCCUGCUGGCAAGGGCACCCCCAAUUCUCAGCAACCCGUCUACUGGCUGCCUUCCAUCCACAAAUACAUGUACCCAGAGAUGAAGAUCACCCACCCUGCGGGCUGCAUGUCUCAAUUCAUCAAGUUCUUCGGUGAGCAGAUCCUCACUCUCUGGAAGUUUGCCCUGCUCCGCAAACGCAUUUUGAUAUUUUCGCCACCUCCUAUUGGCGUCGUCUGCUAUAGAGUUUACUGCUGCUGCUGCCUUGCCAAUGUGUCUUUGCCGGGCAUUGGUGGAACUGUCCCUGAAUCCAAGCCUUUCUUCUAUGUCAAUGUGGCUGACAUUGAAAUGCUGGAGACUGAAGUGUCGUACGUGGCCUGCACAACAGAGAAAAUCUUCGAGGAGAAGCAAGACCUCUAUGACGUCUAUGUGGAUAACCAGAACGUGAAAACACAUCACGAGCAUCUGCAGCCACUCCUGAAGAUCAACAGCGCUGAUAAGGAAAAGUACCGGCGGCUUAAUGACCAGAGGCAGAUGCUGAUGUAUUCCCAGGAAGUGGAUGGGGACUGCAGCUCCUGUGAAGAGGACCUCUUCGUCCUGUUCUUCAUGGAGCAGAACAACCGGAUAUUUCAGACGCUGAUGGAAGUCUCAGCCAGCCAGGACAAGACCUUGACAGCCGACCAUGCCCGGGGAAUGGGUUUAGACCCCCAAGGUGACCGCAGCUUCCUCAUGGACUUACUGGAAGUCUACGGCAUUGACGUCAUGCUCGUAAUUGACAAUCCUUGCUGUACUUAAUGUGGAGGUCGCCAGAAGGGCGGGAGAUGCAGAAUGCACGAGUGCGAGGGGUUGGCAGGAACCUCUUGAAAGACUUUGGGAUGUGGCCUCACUGAACUCCCCACAACUCAUCCCUUGAAGGAUUGCCUUUUAUUUAAGAGAACUCUCUGCAGAAAGUGUUAUUUAUAUAUUUUUUCCUAUUAACGUUUAUUUCAGAUAUAUCUUAACUAAGGUGUGAUUGCUCUCUGCCAGGAUAGACCAACCCAAGCUUACUGUUCUUCUUUGAGUUCUGUGAAACCUGUGGUGUGCUUCAUUCUCUUCUCCAUCCCACCCCCCAGCAAACCAGCUUGACUUGGCCUGGGAGCCUAGACCCCACCUGUUGUUGGCUGGGAAUUUAGGUGGGUGCGAGGGGAAGCACUUUUCUCUCUUGGGGACCAAUGUGAAAUUUUUGUGCUGCUUUGAGCCAUUGUGUCUUGGCCUUCCAGUUGGGUGGUGGUAACCCCGUUGGGAAUUUCCAUCCUACGACGACACUCUUAUCCCUUAAUUUAUGCAUUUUGAAACACUGGCAUUCUCCCUAGAUGGUGUUUCCUGUUGAACUAUGCUGCAAGGUUGUAGUUCUGCCGUGGCAUCAUUGGGGCAUCUUUCUUUUCAUGGGGAGGGACUAUUGGAGCAGCUUGUCCUUCUAUGUUCAGUGCUUCAAAUGCAGUUGAACGUGGAGAUCCCUCUCCUUUUCUUGACUGAACAGUAGGAAGAAUCUUAAUCCUAGGUUACUGUGUCGCAGACCCCACCUAGAGGGAGAGCCUCUUUCUUGUCUCUGCUGAGCCAAGGCUACCCUCAGUAACCCCAUGACUGAGGCCAAAGGACCAAUUCCAAGCGAUCCUGUCUAAAGCCAGUGCAGCUGACCUUGACCCUCAUUCCCGGCAGCGCUUGUAGAACCUGCCAUCAAAAUCUGCAACCGUGGAAUUGAAUUUUCCCAGCUUCUGUCGGUACUCCUGACUGAAUUAGCUACGGUGGGAGGGGAAUGGUCCCAGCUACCAUCUUGGUGUCUGCUCUCCUGGUCAGGCAGUGGCUUCUGGGGCUCUGUGUCUUCUGUUCCACAGGAAAGUGUUUGGGCAUAGCUGGAUCUCUCCCCAUAAAUCUCCCCCGGAGAGGUAAUAGUGGGAUUACAUUGCAAUUGCUGGAGAAAGCAGCUGGGUGUGUCUGUGUGUGUGAUGAGGUCUUCCCCUGCAGUUGUUGUUCUGUCCUACAAGAGAGAGGUUUGGUCAUGACUUAGAGAGGAAGUAGAGAGAAGUGCUCCCCACUGCACACCCCCUACUGGGCUUGGUUUGCAGAACAUGCUGGGCUCGCUUGGCAUAACCGGACUGGCUCCCUACACAGUCUGUGAGCAGACAACUGGUCAGACUUUGAAAUGGGACCAUGGAGCCUCGUAGGUUGAGAGUUUCAUGUUCAACUUGCACCUGUGCUGAGGUUCUUUGGCCCUAUGGCUUCUGUAGCAGCCUCACUGCUUUGCCUCCACUGUCAAGUGCCCCGUGAUCCAGCCCGUGUGCCUAAGGCUCUUUCUUCAGCUUAUGCGUGUAGGCCAGGCUGGGCUUGCAUGGCCGGAUUGAAGCUUGGAUUGGAAUGAAGUGCCUCUGAUCAUAUGCUAGGGAUAGGUAACUUGGCAGUCUGAGAAGCAUCAGCUGUGGUUCGGAGGCCAUCCAACCAACCACCUGCGUCAGCGGCUUCCUUCUACCCGGGUUCAGACAUUGUCAAAAGGCUCUUUCGCUCAGCCCCACUAAACCCCCACUAAACUGUGUGAAGAGCACCGGUGGUGGUGGUGGUGUCACUGUGACAGGAGCGGCGCAUCACAAGGGGAGAAGGCUCCUGAUAAUCUCUGUUGCGACAGGGAGGUUUUUCAUAAGUCCUCUGCUGGGGACUGGGUCAGUGGGCAGAGUGGAUAGUCUUGAGCUGGGGCUGGAGCCCUUGCUACUCAGCACGUGGCUCUCACUCAUUGCCAGCCAGUACUGGGCACUGCUUCUCCAGACCCGGCUGUUGUCUGGCUUCAUUCAAGAUGGUCGUGUUCGGCCUUAGCCCUUGGGAGAGCCACCUUUUGCCUAAUGCGCAGGGUAGGGGAGAGCUGGAUGCACGUGGAGGAGGAAAUGGACCUAGGAUCCAUCUUUUUGGACUAGGAGCACUUUACACCCGGAACGUUGUGUGUUGAGCUGCAAGGAGAUCUUUUUUUCUGCCCUGCUUCCAGAGCGUUGAAUGGCUGGUGGUCUUCCAGACUCUCACUCUGCUGCUCUUAUUGGUGUUGUAGGGAGUACUUGGCAUUUAAGGCAAAAAAUGUAUAUUAAAAGUAGGAUGGUUGCAACUAAAUAAUCUAUUGGGGGGUGGGCAUAGUAUAUGAUGGCAUCAAUCUCUUCACUAUGGAAGACGACGUACCCCUUCCAUGUCUAAUCUCCUCUCUCCUCCCUCCUCCCUAGCUAUUCUGCAGGGAAGCUACUUCCUGUGUUAAGGACUUGAGUAACUUAUUUUAUAUAACCGAAGGGAAGAAUUGGAACUCUGACCUUCGAACUGAAGCUUCUUUAACCCAGAGUUAACUCUUGGGGGCCUGCUGUUAAUAGUUGCUUCCCUUGGAUCUCGCUCGUCCUGGUGUGUGUUUGUGCACAAGGCGGGUGGGCUUUGAAGUGUGUGCCACUGCCUGGCUUGCCUAUAGAUUGCUGAGCUGCUGUGGAAAACAGUCUGUGCCCUCCCAUGGCCAGAGCGAAGUAACUCUGGAACCAGGGACCCCGACAGCCUCUCUCUCUUCAUUAGAUCAUACAGUGAAGGGAGAACAGAGAGGAGGGCUCUGCUGCCUGCACUUUUCUGGGUGAUAGACUGCUGUGUAAAUAGAGGUACUUGUAUUACACUCGGGUCUCUGGGGUGGUCCAUAAGCCUGUGUGAUUAAUAGUUGUUAAGUCUCCAACAAGACAUACUGCAUAUUUAGGAAGGAGCUUUUGGGGGGAAAGAAGCAAUUGGUAGGAGUAAAUGACUUUAGCAACAUAUACUGGUCUGCUUCUUUAACAGCAACCCAGUGCACAGACGGGGAGGAGAGCUGGUCUUGUGGUAGCGGGCGUGACUUGUCCCCUUUUCUAAGCGGGGUCUGCUCUGGUUGCAUUUGAAUGGGAGACUUCAUGUAUGAGCACUGGAAGAUACUCCCCUCGGGGUGGGGCCGCUCAGGGAAGAGCACCUGCCUGGCUUGCAUGCAGAAGGUUCCACAUUCCCUUCCUGGCAUCUCCAAGAUAGGGCUGAGAGAGACUCCUGCCUGCAACCUUGGAGAAGCCACUGCCAGUCUGUGUAGACAAGACUGAGCUAGAUGGGCCAAUGGUCUGACUCAGUAUGUGGCAGCUUCCUAUGUUCCUAACAAGUGAAGCUUCUCCUAUUGGUUUACAGGUUGAGUAUCCCUUAUCUGGACAUCUGAAAUCCAGAAUGCUCCAAAAUCCGGUCACCACGCCGUAACCAAAAACAAAAACGCCUCUGCUCACUCGCUUGCAGAUUCCCAAUUUUGCUGCUUUUAAACAUGCAGUCAAAACUUACUUAUUUCAGAAGGCUGUUCGUGGCAGGGGUUUUGUCUGUAAUUCUCUAGUUGCGGCUCUGUUUUUAUUGUGAAGCUUUUUAAUGUUUUUGAUGUUCUCGCUUUGGCGCUAGAGGGGAAAGGGGACCCCCCCCCCUUCUCAGUUUGGUGCCUGCUCUGUUGGCAUCUGUUCUGGCGCUCUGUUGGUGCCUGUUCUGUUUGGUACAGGUACAGUAAAGGGUAAUGUCGAAAAUGUCAAAAAGGCCUGCUGAUACCCCUAUGGGUAACAGUGAUAACAAAAAGAGGAAGCCCGAGAUAUCUCAUUAUGCAAAUAUUCCAAAAUCCGUGAAAAUCCAGAACACUUCUCUUCCCAAGCAGUCCGGAAAAGGGAUCCUCAGCCUGUAUCUCUGUGACAGGAAAAGCUUCAUUUUCCGCACAAGGCAGGCACAGGAGCCAGGCCAGGAAAGGGCUACAAGCCGCUUACAAGGCUCCUUUGUUAGUCCCUUUAUAUUGCUAUUAAAUAGGUGUGUGAAAGAACCUUUCCUAUUUGAAAGAUCUGUUUUCUUUCCUGCUCAAGGACCUUUGCAGCUUCCUCUUCGUUUUGCAGUGACACCCCCCAUUUUUUAAAAAAACAUAUCAUUCAUUCUUUUGCCUAUUAAGAAUUAGGGAAGUAGAAAGGGCUUUGAGCAGAAGAGAAUGGGCUCCUUUUCCUAAAAAUAAUAAUGCAAAGCUGCCUCUCUUGUUGCAAAUACCCGAGUUACAUCUGUGCUUGCAUUACAUACGUGGCAAUAUCUUCCUAGCCACAGCAGAGGGGCUUCUGCGGUCGCAAGCAAAGUGCAUCGCUAAGCGAAAUGGCAUAUUCCCUUCUUCUGUACCAUAUCUACUUGAAUCCAAGACUAGGUUUCCCCCAAGUUCUUUAGUGUUGGGAAUUGAGAGGUUAUCUUAAAUUCAGUCUCCUCUUGCUGUAGGGUAAAUACAGGCAUAACCUAGAUCUCCCCUGUCUUUCAAGGGGGUUGUCUUGAAUUCAGAGUUGUCAUCUAUUUGGGUAACUACGGUAUAACAUAUUCCUAUUUUGCUAGUAAGGGGAAAAAGCAAAGAGGUAUGUAUAAUGCCAGUGUCACACUCACUGGCCACUAGGAAUCCUGUUCAGUCCCCUUCCCCCCCCCCCUUUUGAGUAUCAUAAACUUUGCAGCCCUCGGGGCUGGAAAACAGCUUUAAACACGAGUCUCCGGCUGCAUGUCCUUUUAUGUGUGUGUGUGAGCGAUAGUGGGGGAAUCCUAAGCCAAACUUGCCCUUGGUACAAGUGUCUUUCGCCGCGAUAGGAAUUCCUCGAAGCCUCAAGGAAGGAGUAACAGUGUUUGCAUUACCGUGGCUUGUAGAGGGAGGGUGUGCUCCCUCCGGCCUCUUGCUUGGCACUGCCUGCCCUGGUUGACUAAGCAAGCCACUAAUUCUCAGCUUCUUCCACGUACACAAGAGAAUUCUAUUCAGAAAGGCAGGAGGAGGCUUCAAAUGAAUGACCCACCGUUGCAGGCAGUUAGCCUAGUGCAUGUGUACCCUUUUCCUGCUCGCAUCCACAGACACUCCAAAGCAGUUGCUCUCCUGGCCCAGGGAGGAGAGCUGGUCUUGUGGUAGCAAGCCUGACUUGUCGCCUUUGCUAAGCAGGGUCUGCCUUGGUUUAUAUUUGGAUGGGAGACUGCACAGUGUUCCCCUUAGGGGAGGGGGACAUAGCCCAGUGGAAGAGCAUCUACAUGCUUGCAUGUAGAAGGCCCCAGAUUCAUUCCUUGGUAGCUCCAGGUAGGGCUGGGAGAGACUCCUGCCUGUGACCGUGGAGAGCCGCUGCCAGCCAGUGCAGACAUUACUGAGCUAGAUGGACUAAUGGUCUGACUCAGUAUAUGGCAGCUUUCUAUGAUACAAAACUCUUCAAACAGCCAAGAGAGCACACGACUACUGCAACUGCAGCAUCAGAGGAAAUCUCACUGGAGGCUGGAAUUUGGUGACCAGCCACCCCUCCAGCAAAGUUUAGGAUACAGCUUUAGCCUUUGUGUUGGGCCAGCUGAUGUUCAGAGGAUCUGGUGACCUUGUAACGGCUGGGGAGGCUAACAUUCCAAAGGUUUCCCUGCACUGUGGUAAACACGGUCUACUUCUUGGCUAGUGCCUCAAAAAAACACUUGAAAAGGAGAUUCCAGUACUUCCCUGGAGCGCUCUCUCUCUCUCUCUGUGUGUGUGUGUGUGUGUGUUUUUUUUUUAAAAAGUAACACCAGUGCUAUAGUCGUGGACUGAGUACCCAUCACAGGGGAAGAGCUGACUCCAUUGGGGAAGGCUGUAACCCUCACUGUUGUACAGGUCAUUUUCAGUGGGAUGCAUUGAUAAUCAGUGGUGCUCCCCCUGCUGUGUUGGAAUAAGAUGUGCAGUUAGUUUGCUGUGUUAAUGCUCAAACAAAGGAAUGUAGUAGAGCAGUUCUAGUGAGCAGUGUGCAGUGCACAUCACCCUUCCUCUGUGAGCACGACUUGUUCUCUGGGUAUUCCCCACCCACCACCUUCCAACGACACAGCAGAAAACGAACCACUUGCUUAUUUUAAAAUUGUCUUGUGUGUGUCAGAGGAGUUACCUUGGCACUGCAUUGCGCUAUCACUCCCCCCCCCCCCCCCCCCGAAAUAGCACUCGGGUCAGAGCCAACCCUUAAGCCGUCUUCCCACAGAGGAGUCUCCAUCAAGGUCUGAUGGAUACAGAUCUCUGUGUGUGGAUGUAGUACGCUCUUCUCACAGCAAGGAGUACAUAGCAUGCAUGGAAUUUGAUUUAGAGGCAGCUGAAUGUGUGUGAGUUAACUCCUAUAAAGAAGAAUAUUGCUUUGGCUAACAGGUAAUAUCGAAGCUGCUUUGGGAUACCUUGCAUUUGGGAGAGGGCUAUCAAUUAAGGCAGGGCUAGGAUACCUUGGCACCCCAGCCUUUGCUGAACUACAACUCCCAUCAUGAUUAAACUACAGUGAUGUAGUGGAUGGAUGGGGGAGAGAGAGAGAGACAGAGGCACUUCACACAAUUACUGUGAAGCGCCUCGAUGAGGUCUGCGGGCCUGGUCUCCCCGCGGACGAUCAUGCCCAGAGCCCUGGGCAGCCGAAUCGGCCGCUCACACAACUACUGGCUCCAUCACGGAGCUGGUCGGGGGCUGCCUGGUCCCCGGAAGUCCCAGGAUGUGAGUCCGUGGGGCAUUCUGGGGGGGGGGACCCCAAGCCUGGGAGGCUGCUUGCAGCCUCCUGGUCAGGGGUCUACUCGUGUGUCGCCACACGCUGUGGCAGCAGCACACAAGCAAUAAAAUGAGGUUGACGGAGUACUCACUCUGUUAACCACAUUUAAGGGGAGGGUGAAUUAGGCAGGCUAGCUGGUAGAAAGUGGGCUAGGCUCCCUUAGCCUGCUUUCUACCGAUCGUGGGAAUAGCUUCACAGACUGACUCACACACAUUCCCCCCUACACCGUCCAGACAGCUGUUUACAUUAGAGAAAUUGUGUACCUGCUACCACACUUGGCAAUGAUUUAAGACCAAAGUUGCUGGAGAUCUGUGAACAGAUUUGGGUUUGGUUUUGCUUUGCUUUCCAAAACCCUUAAAAAAAAAAAAAAGCAACUGUAGGGCUUCCAAAUUGGAUCAACGAAGCAAAGUGACCAGAGGAGCUUAACCUUUUUCCUAGCUCUGCUGGGGAAAAUAUGGAGGCUCAUUGGGCUUGGCUACCAUGAGAACCCCUGGGAUCCACACGGAUGUCAGCAGCCCCAUGGCUCCAAACCCAGCACUGAAACCCGGCUCUUAGCCAAGGUUAAGGUUGGCCAUGUGUCAGCACAAGCUGCUUGCAUGCAAUGCACUGGGGGAUACUUGGAGGCUGGGAUAACGAACACUUUCUCUCUUCUCCCAAUGAAAAAUGAAAAUGAAAUUAUAAAAGGUCUGUUGCAUAAUGAUUGGCAUUCCUCCAAAGGCUGACCAAGUGAGUGUAUAAUAAUGAUUCCAAUGUGACUAAGGGUAGCACAGGUUGCAAUGUCCCUUAUGAAGACUCGUUGUUUCCACUAGCAAGCCAGCCAGCAUCUGCUCACAAGUUGUGACGAAGCAUCUGCCUUGAACUGUGUAACCUGUGCCUGUGGUUCUCUUUCAUUUCUCUAUUUGGGUGGGGGGUGGGGGUGGAGGUUGCUAUGUUUCUGUAGGCCACUGCUUAUGUGAUGCCCAAGAGGGACUGUGUACAUAUUACAAUGGUCUUUUUUUACUCUAUUAAAAUUCACUUUUAACACAUC